GAAUUCUCUGUUGAAGCGUGUGGUUGUUGCGGCCGGUAAAGGUGAUGAAAAAAACGAGAAAACAAACAAAAGUUGCUGUAAAAUUGUGUUAAAUAGAAAAUAAAUUGUUUGUGGCAAUUCUGGUAAUGUUUUAACUAUUCGUGUGUUAACAAUUUAUCGCUUUUCGCUAUACUAAGCGACGCCACUGUUAUUGGUCUGCGCUCUUAGCUGUUUUCUCUGCGCGUGUGCUUUGCUUUUUAUUUUCGUUGAUUCGAUUGUUUACGAAUUUGUGUGUGUGUUGAUAAAUGUAAAAAAACUAGCGAAAAAUUACAAUUGUUGAAUGAAAAUGCCACUGAAAGGCUGGAAAUUAACAACAAACAUGUUUAUUAAUAACAAAUCAGUGUUUCUGGCGCUGCUGACGCUGACAGCGCUGCUGCUGCGUGAUGGCAGCGGCGUCGCUGGCCAUUUAAAUGUGUUCCUGAAUCCCGAAGAAGUGAUGCGUUUGCUUGGUGUCUCAGCUGAGGUUUACUACGUUCGGGAUGGUCACAUCAACAACUACGCGCUGAACUUUAUCGUUCCGGUUCCGGCGAAUGUGAGGGAUGUGAGUUUCACGUGGCAAUCGUUGGCUGGAAGGCCUCUGGCCUACAGCCUGAAUGUGGUCAGCUCGGAUCCGGAGGUGUUGCCGCGUCCGACCGUGAAUGUGUCGCAGAUAGGCGAGAUUCCAACCCACAUACAGACCUGGGCAGUCGCUCUGCGGUGCAGUGGAGUGCGUGCCGCCGAGGUGGACCUCACGAUCAGCCUGGAGGUGAUUCUAAAUCGUGUGUUGAACAAUGUAACGCAUCUGGUGUUCCGGCGCAAGAAGAUCUGUCUGCUGAGCGAGAGCGACGAGGAGCAGCAACAGAUGCUGGCCAAUGAUCAGGAUGAUCCACAGUUGCUGGAGACGGUGCUGCCCCCGCCCACGGGAUUAAUCACACUUGUGGUGGGCGUGACGGUGGCGAUGACAGCCGUCUGUGUCCUCCUGGUGAUUGCGUAUUGUGUUCGUGGAGCGGCGGCCAAGAGACAACAUCAUCAGCAUGGUGGACAACCGAUGCGCACCUCCAGCUUCCAGAGACUGAACACUCAGCCGCCUUGCCAGUCCUCCAUGGGCUCAGCUGCCUAUAUGACGCCCUCGUUGAUUGCCCCGGUGCAUGCCUCUUCUCUGCCCCGGAAGGUGCCCGUCUCCGUGGAGCAACAGCAGCCGGAGGAACUGCAUCGUCGCAUCUCCGAGUUGACCGUGGAACGCUGCCGUGUCCGACUCUCCAGUCUGCUGCAGGAGGGCACCUUUGGCCGUGUCUAUCGAGGCACCUACAACGACAGCCAGGAUGUGCUGGUCAAGACGGUGGCCCAACAUGCCAGCCAGAUGCAAGUGCUGCUCCUGCUGCAGGAAGGCAUGCUCCUCUAUGGCGCUUCUCAUCCGGGAAUACUCUCGGUUCUCGGUGUCUCCAUCGAGGAUCAUACAACUCCAUUCGUUCUCUAUCCCGCCCUCAACAACACCCGCAAUCUGAAGCUCUUCCUCUUGGAUCCAGCUUGUGCUCGCACUGUAACCACCAUUCAGAUUGUCAUGAUGGCCUCACAACUGUCCAUGGCAUUGGAUCAUCUGCACAGUCAUGGUGUGGUGCACAAGGACAUUGCCACAAGGAACUGCAUCAUUGAUGAUCAGCUGCGUGUGAAGCUCUCCGACAGUUCGCUCUCCCGUGAUCUGUUUCCGGCGGACUACAACUGCCUGGGCGACAGUGAGAAUCGCCCGAUCAAGUGGAUGUCCCUCGAGGCGCUGCAGCAUAAGCAAUUCUCAGAGGCCAGCGAUUCUUGGGCCUUUGGUGUGCUCAUGUGGGAACUCUGCACAUCCGCCAAGCAACCCUACGCUGAGGUGGAUCCCUUUGAAAUGGAGCACUAUCUAAAGGACGGUUAUCGUCUGGCGCAGCCUUUCAAUUGCCCCGAUGAGCUCUUUACAAUUAUGGCUUAUUGCUGGGCUCUACUUCCCGGAGAGCGUCCCACUUUUGCACAGCUGCAAUCCUGUCUCUCGGAUUUCUAUUCACAGAUCACUCGUUACGUCUAAAAAGAAGCAAAAAAUAUAACUUAUCUUAAAGUUUGAGACGCGCACUUGAAAAGCGGCGUGUCUAGUCCAUUUAACUGAUCGAACGGCCCUCGAAUUCCUCAACAUCUUUUUAACCAUAGUUAGCUGAAGUCCCUUUAGUCUAUAAACGGAUUGUUGAACUGCCAAAUCUAAUAUUUAGAGUCUCAAUUGGGCAAACUUUUGGUAUUGUAUAUAUAGAAAAACUAUUUAUAUUUUAAGUUCAAAUCAAAGACUCACAUACAUAUAAUAACCACACACUCACACACAUACAUAUGCAGAGAUUCGCGACUUUAAUAUGAAAUUGCAGAUGGUUUUUAAUGCAAUUUCAAUAGAGUUUUUACAUAUGAACUAACAAAUCUAGCAAAAGAACCUUAAACCGAAAUCAAAUAUAGUGAUAUUUAUCUAUACAAUUUACAUAUACAUUAUGUAGUUUAUAUUAGUGUAAUAAGUUUUUUAAGCGUAUACCUAAACAUAUGAUAAUAAUACACAUAUUUAUAAAGAACAACAGCCGCACAAUAAUAUAUGGGUAAUAGAAAUUUAUUUCGAUUUAAUAAAAUGACAAAGAAA